CGCACAGAACAGGUCAGUCAGCUCAGUUAACCGGCUCGCACUGACAACACACCGGACUCCCUCAAGUGGACUAAACUGACAGAGAGUGAUUUGUUGAGCGUGUUUUCAUUUUGUUUGACGGGCGCUUCUUCUCUUUCAUUUCUUUUUGAUGCUCCGGCGCGGUGCGUAUUUCAAGGGGAAAGCGCAUAAGUAAGCCUCUAAAGAACCUCCCGGUUUUGGGGGGCCGAUGACAGGCGUUAGACCGGUGAAAAUGCCGGGGUCUGUGUCGCUCUCGGACCGACAACCUCCUCCAGGACUCAGGCAACACGCGGCUCCUGUCUCCGCUGCAGCCGGUGAGACAAUGAUGAUGUCCGGCUCAGGUUCUGUGCUCCUCCCGGCUGGGAUUAUUAAUCCGUCGCUUCCAAUCCGGAAUAUCAAAAUGAAAUUUGCUGUUCUCAUUGGACUGAUCCAAGUUGGAGAGGUUAGCAACCGGGACAUCGUUGAGACGGUGCUGAAUCUGUUGGUGGGUGGUGAGUUUGAUCUGGAGACCAACUUCAUCAUCCAGGAUGCGGAGAGUAUCGGGUGCAUGGUGGAGCUGCUGGUGCACUGUGACGUCACCUGCCAGGCCGAAAUCUGGAGCAUGUUCACCGCCAUCCUGAGGAAAAGUGUUCGAAACCUGCAAACAAGCACGGAGGUGGGCCUCAUCCAGCAGGUGCUGUUGAAAAUGAGCUCGGUGGAGGACAUGAUUGCAGACCUGCUUGUGGACAUGUUGGGCGUUCUGGCCAGCUACAGCAUCACAGUGAAGGAGCUGAAGUUACUCUUCAGCAUGCUGCGAGGUGAAGGAGGAGUGUGGCCGAGGCAUGCCGUCAAAAUGUUGUCGGUGCUGAAUCAGAUGCCCCAGAGACACGGUCCGGAUGCCUUCUUCAACUUUCCUGGUCGCAGCGCAGCAGCCAUUGCUUUACCUCCUAUUGCCAAGUGGCCUUAUCAGAAUGGGUUUACAUUCAACACCUGGUUCAGAAUGGAUCCUCUAAAUAACAUCAAUGUGGACAAGGACAAACCAUAUCUGUACUGCUUUCGUACCAGCAAAGGCAUCGGCUACUCUGCUCAUUUUGUGGGUAACUGCUUGAUCGUAACAUCACUGAAGUCUAAAGGAAAAGGUUUUCAGCACUGCGUGAAGUAUGAUUUCCAACCAAGGAAGUGGUACAUGAUCAGCGUUGUUCACAUCUACAGUCGCUGGAGGAACAGUGAAAUCAGAUGCUACGUUAACGGACAGCUUGUGUCAUAUGGAGACAUGGCGUGGCACGUCAACACAAAUGAUAGUUAUGAUAAAUGCUUCCUCGGUUCCUCUGAGACGGCAGAUGCAAACCGAGUAUUCUGUGGGCAGCUAGGAGGUGUCUAUGUGUUCAGUGAAGCCCUCAAUCCCGCACAGAUAUUUGCAAUUCAUCAGCUAGGACCAGGCUAUAAGAGCACAUUUAAGUUCAAAUCAGAGAGCGAUAUUCAUUUAGCAGAGCAUCACAAGCAGGUGUUGUAUGACGGCAAACUGGCCAGCUCCAUCUCCUUCACGUAUAACGCCAAGGCCACCGACGCCCAGCUCUGCCUCGAGUCCUCGCCCAAAGAAAAUGCCUCCAUCUUUGUGCACUCACCGCACGCCCUUAUGCUCCAGGAUGUAAAAGCCACAGUGACUCACUCCAUCCACAGUGCCAUCCACUCCAUCGGUGGGAUCCAGGUACUCUUCCCUCUCUUUGCUCAGCUGGACUACCAUCAGCUGAACGACAGCCAGGUGGAAGCUACUGUAUGUGCCACACUCCUGGCCUUUCUGGUUGAGCUGCUGAAGAGCUCUGUGGCCAUGCAAGAGCAGAUGCUUGGUGGGAAGGGCUUUCUGGUAAUCGGAUACCUACUAGAGAAGUCAUCACGUGCGCACAUCACCAGGGCUGUAUUAGAGCAAUUCCUCUCCUUUGCAAAGUAUCUGGACGGUCUGCCGCAUGGGGCUCCACUGCUGAAGCAGCUGUGUGACCAUAUCCUCUUCAACCCUGCCAUCUGGAUCUACACCCCUGCUAAGGUACAGCUCUCUCUGUACACUUACCUUUCUGCGGAGUUCAUUGGCACGGCAACCAUCUACAACACGAUUCGUCGAGUGGGCACGGUGCUUCAACUCAUGCAUACGCUCAAGUAUUACUACUGGGCUGCCAACCCUGCAGACAACAGUGGCAUCAUACCAAAGGGUCUAGACGGUCCACGGCCGACCCAGAAAGAAAUAAUUUCUCUGCGGGCGUUCAUGCUUCUCUUCCUCAAGCAACUCAUCCUGAAGGACCGGGGUGUGAAGGAGGACGAGCUGCAGAGCAUCCUGAACUAUUUGUUAACAAUGCAUGAGGAUGAGAAUCUGCAUGACGUGUUGCAGUUGGUGGUAGCGCUCAUGUCUGAGCAUCCAGCCUCUAUGAUCCCUGCUUUUGACCAGAGAAAUGGAAUACGGGUAAUCUACAAGCUGAUGGCCUCUAAGAGUGAAAGCAUUCGAGUGCAAUCCCUCAAAGUCCUCGGGUACUUCCUCAAGCAUUUGGGCCACAAGAGAAAGGUAGAGAUCAUGCACACACACAGCCUCUUCACUCUCCUAGGAGAGAGGCUCAUGCUGCACACUAACACUGUGACCGUGACGACCUACAACACUCUGUACGAGAUUCUGACAGAGCAGGUGUGUACACAGGUAGUUCACAAACCCCAUCCUGAGCCUGACUCCACUGUGAAGAUUCAGAACCCAAUGAUUCUUAAAGUGGUAGCUACCUUAUUGAAGAGUUCAACCCCCAGCACUGAGCUGAUGGAGGUUCGGCGGCUCUUCCUCUCAGACAUGAUCAAACUUUUCAGCAACAGCCGAGAGAACAGACGGUGUCUGCUUCAGUGCUCUGUAUGGCAGGACUGGAUGUUUUCUCUGGGCUACAUCAAUCCCAAAAACUCAGAGGAGCAGAAGAUCUCGGAGAUGGUCUACAACAUUUUCCGUAUUCUGCUCUACCAUGCCAUCAAGUUUGAGUGGGGAGGGUGGCGCGUGUGGGUGGACACACUCUCUAUAGCCCACUCUAAGGUGACAUACGAGGCUCACAAAGAGUACUUGGCUAAGAUGUAUGAAGAGUACCAGCGUCAGGAGGAGGAGAAUAUCAAGAAAGGGAAGAAGGGUUUUGUCAGCACCAUCUCUGGUCUGUCUGCUCAGUCCACCAUAAAAGAAGCGGUUGAGAUCAGAGAAAUGGACGACAACUCCCGAACACCAGAGAGUGAAAAAGACUACGAGAGUGCAGACCCACGCAACCUGCUGGCUGAUGUCAAGGGGUCUGAAGGUGGUAUGGACGCUACAAUAGAUGGAGUCAGAGUUGAUGUUCAAGAUCUUCUGGUAGACAUCAAGGCUGAAAAGGUGGAUGCUACAGAAGUUAAGAUCGACGAUAUGGAUUUGUCCUCUGAAACUUUUGGGGUAUCUCAGAAUGGAGCACUGAUGGAGGUGGAUUCUCUGUUGGAUAACGUCUAUUGCGCUGCAGUGAAAAACCUCAACAGUAAUGUCAACAGUGUGUUGCUGCCAAAAGGCAUGGAUAACCAAAAUGCACCACCUCUCAUUACUCUGGAUGAUGACAAAGACAGCAUUUCUAACAGCAACAGCUUCCUGUUUAGCAAGGUGUCAGGCAGCUUGGAGGACAAGCUGCUGCCUGAUCUCAGUCCAGAUGAGCCUUUGGUCCUGCCCAGCCCAGAUCCUCCAGUUCACACUAACAGCAGUGAUGAUCUGGGCCUGCUUGCUCACAUGACAAGCGGCUCUGAGCUCGGGACAUUACCUUGCAUCCUGGAGAAGGAUGAGUUUGAACUACAGGCGGGCCUGGAGGGCAUCAGCUCUGUGGCUGAGACAGAGGCCUCCUUUAAAAGCCCAGAGCUCAAUGAGGUCACAGCUGCAGCAGCAUCUGAAGGAGACCCCUCAACUGUUAGGACCAGCAGUGCAGCAGAUUCAACAGGCAACAACUCUGACACGGAGAGAUCAGAUGACAGCAAAGACAAGGAGAUGAGGAGGAUUCAGACGACAGCCAGCACACAGAGUCAGCAUGGCCGCCCAGCCACUCAGACAGAGAGGGACAUACGUGUGGACUUGGGCUUCAGGGGAACACCCCUAACAGAGGAUCAGCGACAUCAGUUUAGCCCCGGCCCACGCACCACCAUGUUUCGCAUCCCAGAGUUCAAAUGGUCAGCCAUGCACCAGAGACUGCUCACUGACCUGCUGUUUGCUCUGGAGAGUGAUGUCCACGUCUGGAGGAGCCACUCCACCAAAUCUGUCAUGGACUUUGUGAACAGUAAUGAGAACAUCAUUUUUGUCCACAACACCAUCCACCUUAUCUCACAAAUGGUGGACAACAUCAUUAUUGCUUGUGGAGGGAUCUUACCGCUUCUCUCUGCAGCCACCUCUCCUUCUACGGAGUUGGACAACAUUGAGGCCACUCAGGGCAUGUCCUCAGAAACGGCCAUUACCUUCCUGUCUCGUCUCAUGGUCAUGGUGGAUGUGUUAGUGUUCUCCAGCUCGCUCAACUUCAGUGAGAUUGAGGCGGAGAAGAACAUGUCCUCAGGUGGCCUGAUGCGUCAGUGCCUCCGACUUGUGUGUUGUGUGGCUGUUAGGAGCUGCCUGGAGUGCAGGCAGAGACACAGGGACAGGGGAAAUAAGUCCUCCAUGCUCAACAACAACAAGACUCAGGAAAUCCUGCUAAAUGCUGCGACUGCCAGCAAGACAGCCAUAGAGACUGUCCCUAGUAACCUGUCUCCCAUCAAGGACCCUGAUCGCCUUCUGCAGGAUGUGGACAUCAACCGACUGCGUGCUGUGGUGUUUCGUGAUGUGGAUGACAGCAAGCAGGCUCAGUUCCUGGCCUUAGCUGUGGUAUACUUUAUCUCCGUCCUAAUGGUCUCUAAGUACCGUGACAUCCUGGAGCCUCAGCGAGAGACUGCAAGGAUAACCAACCAAUCAGGUCGCGGCAUGCGUCCGGAAAUCAACUCACCAACCAGCACAGAAACACCCCUGGUAUUUAACAGCAGUAGGGAUCAUCGUGUGCCAUUUGAGAACCACAACAUGGAAAGCUCCCUGCCCCACACAGACUCUGGAAUCGGAGAUGAGCAUGUAGCCAGCAUCCUUAACGGGUCUGACCUGGACCAUAGCGUGGGAGGCCCGGAUGCCAUGAGUGAGCUCAUAUCAACGCUGUCCUCAGAGAUGAAGAAGUCCCAGGAGCGUCUGAUUGACUCACCGAGUGUGGAGUCACUCAAAUCAACCUCCUCAAUCAUCAGCAUCAGCCAGCCCAAGAGGGGCAUCAAUGUGAAGGAUAUCCUGAAGAGCCUGGUGGCAGCUCCAGUGGAGGGCAUGGAGGCCGGACUGGAGCCAUUGUCCUACCCAGACCAAACUGCCAAGGCCCAGGCCCACGCCAUGCUGCCUAUGCAGUUUCACUCUUUUGACAGGAGUGUGGUGGUGCCUGUGAAGAAAACCUCCCCUGGCAGCCUGGCACUUCACACAGUGGGAAGCAGCAGCACCUCUGCAGGGCUGACAGCUGGCAGCACCCCCAACAUCUUUGCUGCUGCCUCUGCGACCCCCAAAAGCAUGAUCAAUACCACAGGAGCCAACGACGCAGCCCCCUCUGCCUCCUCUUCCUCCAGUUUAGUCAACGGAGCCACCAGUAAGAACCUGCCGGCCGUGCAGACGGUGGCCCCCAUGCCUGAGGACACAGUAGAAAACAUGAGUGCCUCUCAUGAAGUGGACCCGUGUCCACCCCGCCAGGAAAUGACACCUUCCAAGCUAAACCCCUUUACCCCUCAGACAGGAUUACAGGCAGCCUCCAGAGGUGCAGGCCAGUGUCUUAGCAUUACUACAAAGCUGGAGAGGGCCUUGGAGAAGGUGGCACCCCUGCUGAGAGAGACCUUUGUAGACUUUGCACCUUUUCUGUCACGCACCCUGCUGGGCAGCCAUGGGCAGGAGCUGCUAAUAGAAGGUCUGGUCUGUAUGAAGUCAAGCACCUCGGUUGUGGAGCUUGUUAUGCUGCUUUGUUCUCAGGAAUGGCAGAACUCCAUUCAGAAGAAUGCUGGUCUGGCCUUCAUUGAGCUUAUCAAUGAGGGAAGGUUGCUCUGCCAUGCCAUGAAGGACCACAUCGUUCGAGUUGCCAAUGAGGCUGAGUUCAUCUUGAACAGACAGCGAGCAGAGGAUGUCCACAAACACGCAGAGUUUGAGUCCAACUGUGCCCAGUAUGCUGCUGACAGAAAAGAGGAAGAGAAGAUGUGCGACCACCUGAUCAGCGCUGCUAAACACAGAGACCAUGUGACGGCUAACCAGCUACGGCAGAAAAUAGUCAACAUCCUCACCAACAAGCAUGGUGCCUGGGGGACACUAGCCCAGAGUCAUCCACAUGACUUCUGGCGUCUUGACUACUGGGAAGACGACCUGCGGCGGAGGCGGAGAUUUAUCAAAAAUCCAUAUGGCUCCACCCACUUAGAUGUCACAUGGAAGUCACUGCAGGAGUAUGGCACUAAGGAGGAUGAGGGGGUCAAGUCCAAGAUUGUCUACCGCAGUCAGACCACUGUGGCCAGCCAGAACCCCGAGACAGAGCUGAUGCUGGACGGAGACGAUGAUGCCGUCAGCCUGCUGCAGGAGAAAGAGAUGGACAACCUGGGUGGCCCAGUGGUCCUGAGCAGCCCUGCCCAGCUCGUGGCACCCGUCCUGGUGGCACGCGGGACUCUGUCCAUCACCACCACUGAGAUCUACUUCGAGGUGGACGAGGAUGACCCUGCCUUCAAAAGGGUCGACCCAAAGGUCUUAGCAUACACCGAGGGUUUGCAUGGAAAAUGGAUGUUCAGUGAGAUUCGAGCAGUAUUCACCAGACGCCACCUCCUGCAGAACACAGCGAUAGAAGUCUUUAUGGCCAACAGAACAUCGGUUAUGUUCAACUUCCCAGACCAGGCCACAGUAAAGAAAGUGGUCUACAGUCUUCCUCGAGUGGGAGUGGGCACCAGCUAUGGUCUUCCACAAGCCAGGCGCAUCUCCAUGGCCACCCCUCGGCAACUUUUCAAAGCAUCCAACAUGACCCAGCGCUGGCAGAGGAGAGAGAUAUCCAACUUUGAAUACCUCAUGUUUCUCAACACUAUUGCAGGGAGGACAUAUAAUGACCUGAACCAGUACCCGGUCUUUCCCUGGGUCCUCACCAACUACGACUCAGAGGAGCUGGACCUGACCUUGCCAGGGAACUUCAGAGAUCUCUCAAAGCCUGUUGGUGCUCUGAAUCCAAAGCGUGCAGCUUUUUACGCUGAACACUAUGAGACUUGGGAAGACGACCAGACACCACCUUGUCAUUACAGUUCCCACUACACCACAGCUGCUUCCACCUUGCACUGGCUUGUCAGAAUAGAGCCCUUCACCACGUUCUUCCUUUGUACCAAUAACAACAAAUUCGACCACCCUGACCGCACCUUUUCGGGUAUCUCCCGCUCCUGGAGAAACUGUCAAAGGGACACAUCUGAGGUCAAGGAACUGACUCCUGAGUUCUACUACCUCCCAGAGAUGUUCGUCAACAGCAGCGGAUACCAUCUGGGGAUUAGAGAAGACAGGACCAUGGUUGGUGAUGUGGACUUGCCAGUCUGGGCCAAAAAACCUGAGGACUUUGUUAGGGUCAACAGAAUGGCCCUGGAAAGCGAGUUUGUGUCAUGUCAGCUGCAUCAGUGGAUUGACCUUAUUUUCGGCUACAAGCAGCGUGGCCCUGAGGCAGUGCGUGCCCUCAACGUCUUUCACUACCUGACUUACGAGGGCUCCGCCAAGCUGGACAGUAUCACUGACCCUGCUCUCAGAGAGGCCACAGAGGCACAGAUCCGGAGCUUUGGACAGACGCCAUCUCAGUUGCUUAUUGAGCCACAUCCUCCACGCAGCUCCGCCAUGCACCUGAGUCCUCUCAUGUUCAAGGACCAGAUGCAGCAAGAUGUCAUUAUGGUGUUGAAGUUUCCGUCCAAUUCGCCAGUAACGCAUGUGGCUGCCAACACGCUGCCCCAUCUCACCAUACCUGCUGUGGUCACUGUCACAUGCAGCCGCUUGUUCGCCGUCAACCGAUGGCACAACACUGUUGGUCUCAGAGGAGCACCUGGCUAUUCAUUGGAGCAGGCCCAUCACCUCCCCAUAGAGAUGGAUUCUCUGGUUGCCAACAGUACUGGAAGCAACAAGCGUCAGAUCACAGACCUAGUGGACCAGAGCAUCCAAAUCACCUCACACUGUUUCGUGGUGACAGCUGACAACCGCUACAUACUGGUGUGUGGCUUCUGGGACAAGAGCUUCCGUGUGUACUCCUCUGAGACAGGCAAGCUGACCCAGAUAGUUUUUGGCCACUGGGAUGUGGUGACAUGUCUGGCCAGAUCAGAGUCCUACAUUGGAGGAGACUGCUACAUCGUCUCAGGGUCCAGAGAUGCGACACUGCUGCUGUGGUAUUGGAGUGGACGGCACCAUAUUAUCGGCGACAACCCAAAUAAUAGUGACUACCCUGCACCAAGGGCAGUUCUGACGGGUCAUGACCAGGAAGUUGUGUGUGUGGCAGUCUGCGCAGAGCUGGGCCUGGUUAUCAGUGGAGCCAAAGAGGGUCCAUGUCUUGUCCACACCAUCACAGGGGACCUGCUUCGCGCACUAGAGGGACCAGACCACUUUCAGUGCCCACGGCUCAUAACAGUGUCCAGCGAAGGCCACUGCAUCAUCUACUACGACAGAGGCCGCUUCUGCAACUUCAGCAUUAAUGGAAAACUGCUGGCACAGAUGGAGGUCAAUGACUCCACCAGGGCCAUUCUCCUGAGCAGCGAUGGCCACAACCUAGUCACAGGUGGGGAUAACGGUGUGGUCGAGGUGUGGCAGGCCUGUGACUUCAAGCAACUCUACAUCUACCCGGGUUGUGAUGCUGGAGUCAGAGCCAUGGACCUAUCACAUGAUCAAAGGACUUUAAUCACAGGCAUGGUGUCUGGCAGUAUCGUUGCUUUUAACAUCGAUUUCAACCGGUGGCACUACGAGCAUCAAAACAGGUACUGAGGCAAGGAGAAUCCCGCAGUGGGCAUGUGUGCUGGGUGUGAAAAAAACAACACCCUCAGACCAGCAACCAAGCUGUGCAGCAGAAGAUUCACGCAGGGCAUGAUCGAGACGAAGUGGGCUGGACACCAUCGCCAUUGUGACGCUUAUAAAGAACAAAGUGUGCCAACAUGUGUUCAUCCAGCAAACUUGUCACAAACCGCUGAACAAUUUGGACACAUUUUCCUGUCGGUUUUCACGUCUUACCUGAGCACCAGCCGAUGCAAGAAGAGACUGAGAUCGACUUAAGUUAUCAAAUCAAACUUAAUUUAAGCUUACAAGUUCCUGUUUCAAACUGGGAAAAUUCAAAACAAAAGGAAUUCUCUAUAAGGAACAUUUAUACAACAUUUGUAUGGCAGAUACAUAUCUCACUUGGAACACUUUUGUAAGAAAGAAAAAAAUAAUUUGUAAAUAUAAACCAGUGUAAAGUGUUUCUUCUUUGUAAAGGCUAAAAUGAAGAUCUAAAUGCUUUCAGUUUAGCCACGUUAUCAACAUUUCAUCAUGAAAGUCAUGAAUGAAAUGUUCAAAACGUCUCCAUUGCACUUCAGAUAUUAGUUUGCUAGCAAUGUGUGUGGCCAGUUUUCUCAUUGUUAUGAACAGUGUUCAAAUGUAUUUGUAUGUGGGAAGAAAAAAAGUUUACUUUGUUGUGUUUGAUCGUCUUUAUGGAAGAAAUGUCUUACUCUGUGAUUUUAGUCCUCUGUGAAAUCUUUGUUUUGGAUCAUGAUGUCAGCAAAAUACUGGUAUUUCCAUAUUUAUCCUAGAUUAAGGACUUUUUUUAUUAUUUGCAAAGAAUUACAAAAAAUCACUGUGAUAUAUUAAAAUCAUUCAAGUUGGACAUUUUAACAACACUUGUUGACAUUGUAUUUUGUUGCUUCAGUUUCUUCCAAAAAUGUAUCCAGAGGCAUAAAUUCCAGAUUUGUUGGACAGUAUUAACAAAAUGUUUGUAGUAGCUGACGACACUUUGUUAGACAAAAUGUCAUUCUAAAACUUUUCUACAAUUGCUGAUGGAGCAAACCUCAAUAUUCUUUGUGCAUCUCACAUUUAUUUUACUUUGCCUCUGUUUGUGCACAAAUGUUUGCCAAUCCAUUUUCAGUCUUUGAAUUUAUGGACACUGGUUCAUGCUUGAACACCAUGCACUUGUAAGCAAUAUUAAACUUAGUUGCUGUGAAGGUUGACAAAAAAGUUUUCAGCUGUGUGACAAGAAAUAGUGAAUGGUGAACAGUGAAGUCAAAAGAAAAUGACCAUUGUUAUUUUCGCUGACAUGAAAGCUAUUGUGUCUUCUUUUGAUUUCUGAAAUGAGAGGUCUUUUUGCUGUGAACUGACAAUUUAUAAUGAACAAAAAUAUGCAAAUCAACUUUGAGUAAACAAUCUCAUUUUCUUGGGGUGCUACAAGAUACCACCCUUGUAAAAGCUGAAGUUCUGCAUGCAAAAAGCUACUGAAGACAUUGGGUUUGCUUUGCUUAAAUGUGAAAUCAUUUUUUUUACUGUGAAUUUUAAUUUGUUUCCAGAAAAUAUAAUUGUUUAGUUAAUGACAUUCUCUGAAUUAGCAGUGCAUUUAAGUUUUAAUAUAAAUAUAUAUAUGAAUAUUUUAAGACAUGUUUUAAUUUUGAUAUUUAGAUUGUAUGGCUAACUGUUUUUGCAUACAUUUUGGGAUUGGUGGGACAAGUCUUAAGCAAAUGUGAUUAUAAAAAAAUAAUUGUAAAUUCAGCUUUCAUUUUUUUUUUAUAUAAAACUGAGUAAAUAAACAAGUGUCAGAGGAG